AUGAGUUGCCCAGGCCGAACGAUCUCGUGGCCACCUCCGGCCGCGACGGAAGAUCCCCUGCCGCUUAGGCAUUCGUUUCGCCCAACCAAGACCCUGGGGCGGGUGGUGCUUGCAGAGCAACUAUGCCUGGUGCGCCUCUCGCCACUCCUAGCCCUCAUCUCCUUCGCCAACGUGUGCCGCUGCGGUACGAGGUUGUCGGCCGCUCCCUCCAACACAGCGCCAACGGACGGCGUAAGACCCCGCCUAGCCGGCUCAGCAACUACCGACCCUAUUGUGGCAGCGUCUGCUUCUAUGCUUGGACACCUAUCACGCGCGUUUAUCGCUUCUGAGCGUCGCGCCCGCCCUCCCUUCGAGGAGGCGCCAUUGACGUGCGUCGUCUUUCCCGCGGCCAACCGCCUCGCCGACUUCCCUUGGGCAACGCUCUUUUGA